CCAAUUACACCACAGACUCUUCCUUCACUCAGACACACUCACUCAGUUCUAUUCGUGUUGACUGUCCAGAGUCCACGAAUACCACUCAGCUUAUCUUCACCCUCCCCACCACUUCUAUUGACCACCUUAGGCAGUAAAGCCUGUAGCAGCACAUUUGCCAAACAGCCACAUUCCAGCAGCCGAGCAGCUCCUGCUCAGACAUGUCGCUCCAUAGCUUUGGGCUGGAACCUCUCUCCUGCCACGCCUGGAAUAAAGAUAGGACCCGUAAGUCUAACUCAUAUCAGACACAGAGUUUUAUUCUUCUUAGGUGGUUGAGCAAGCACAUUAAGAAAGCCAUACGGUCCACAGUGCUUAGUCUGGACUGGCAUCCAAACAACAUCCUGUUGGCAGCUGGGUCUGCAGACCUUCACUGCAGGGUUUUCUCGGCUUACAUCAAGGACAUUGAGGACAAGCCUGGCCCCACAGCUUGGGGGGCCAAGAUGCCUUUUGGCGAGUGUCUGCUGGAGCAUAAGGAAUGUGGUGGCUGGGUGCACAGUGUGUCCUUUUCCCCUAGUGGUGACCAGCUGGCCUGGGUGGCACACAACAGCAGCAUCACUGUGGCUGAUGCCGCCCAGGGAAAGGAGGUAACUCAGCUGACUACGGACCUUCUGCCAUUUCUGGGCGUUCUUUUUGUCAAUGCAACUGAGAUUGUUGCUGCGGGCCACAACUGUUGUCCUUACCAGUUCUCCUAUAAAGCUCCUAACACCCUGGAGUUUGUGAAGAAGCUGGAUAUCCCAAAGCAGACGUCAAAAGGAAGUCUGUCAGCCAUGCAACACUUUCGCAACCUGGACAAGAAAGCUACUGAAGAAGACGACAAUGAGUUACAAACUCUUCACCAGAACAGCAUCAUGCAGCUGUGUGUAGUUUCAGGAGAAAGAGCCAAGGUGGAAAAGUACAGCAGUGUAGGUCUGGAUGGAGCUCUGGUCAUCUGGGAUUUUAAGCACUGAAUCGAAACACCUCUGAUUAUUUCUGAAUCAGAUAUAUCCCUGCUAAAAGCCCUCUGCAUGUUCUUUGCUUUUGCUUUGAGGAAAUGGAAAAACUGUAUUUUUUAAAGACAGCUGCUUUUUGUGUACUAAAAGACCAAUAAAUAAAGAUUUCUUAUUUUG